AUGAGGUCAUUCAUUUCUCUUCUUGCUUUCCCCGCUUCCUCGCUGGCUGGAUCCGUGCUAUGGAGCGGCAUUUUCGAUUCUUCUGCUACCGUUGAGGACUUUGACAAAUGGUCCUGGUCCAACCAAAUUGGAUCAUGGCAAUGGUACAUCCAUGGCAGUGGCAAGACAAGCGAGUAUCUGGGCCUGUCCCCCGACUUCAAGAACCCAGCCGACACGAGCGACGCCCAGGGGGUCCGAAUCACCAUUGAUGGAACCUCCUUCUGGAAUGGACAAAACAUGGAGCGAUCUGAACUCAUCCCCCAGACAACCGCCAAUCUUGGCUCAGGCCAUCUUUACUAUCACUUCUCCCUGUCCACGAAGACAACAAAUGCCCCUGACGCAUCCUUCGAACAUCAGAUCGCGUUCUUCGAGAGCCACUUCACUGAGCUCAAGUAUGGCGCGUCCGGCUCAUCCGACAACACCCUGCGCUGGAAUGCAGGCGGCCAGACACACUGGUCCGUCCAGCUGGAGCCAGGCAACUGGUACAACUUCGCCUACGAUAUCGACUUUGCGUCCCAAAAGGUCGGCCUCUGGGCGUCUAAUGGCUCCGAUCCCUUGACCGAGGUGGUCUCGCCCGUCAGCGCAUCCACCUCUACCAACUCGGCGGACUGGCACGUCGGCCAGCUGCGCCUGCCCAACGGGGGAGCCUCCAACGACGCACCGGAAGACUGGUUCUGGUCUGGCAUUUAUGUGGAGCAGGCACCUAUCACGAAGGAGAUUGGUUCUCCCGGUUCUUCAUCUUCUGGUUCUUCCAGCUCGUCCUCGUCCAGUGCUUCGAGUGCUUCCAACCCCUCGGCUUCCACUUCCUCCACCCCCCAAGCAACCGCUCGGCCGUCUUCUACCCCUUCUACAGAGCCAGCUGCAACCCCAGCCUCUCAGGCUGUGACAACGCCUGCAGCCUCUGCGCCCAACACUAAUGCGGCAACCCCUGCUGAACCUUCGUCGGCACAGCUGCCCACCCCCACCACUGCCGCACAGCUUCUCGCUGAUCUUCGGGCUGCUUUGGGCGCUCUCCUUUCUCGUUCCAACAGCGUGCAUGCCCGUGACUUUGCCCGCCGUGGGUAA